UUUGCCUGGAAUGGUCUAGGGUCUUCUGCUUGAACAGCGGGUUGGACUAGAAGACCUCUUGAGGUCCCAGCUCCGCUCUUCUGUGUUACCUGCUCAGCCAGGAUGCAGCGUUUUGAGGCCUGGCGUCGGUCCUUCCCAUUUCUUUCCCGUUUCCGGGUUUACAAGAAGCUGAGCUGUGGCAUGCAGGCGGAUGAAGGGACCGACUGGUUACUCGAACUCCUGACCGAAGUGCAGCUUCAGCAGUACUUCCUCCGGAUCCGUGAUGACCUCAACGUCACUCGCCUGUCGCACUUUGAGUAUGUCAAGAAUGAGGACCUGGAGAAAAUCGGAAUGGGGAGACCAGGUCAGAGACGCCUCUGGGAGGCCGUGAAGAGGAGGAAGGCUGUGUGCAAACGGAAAUCCUGGAUGAGCAAGGUCUUCAGCGCGAAGCGCCCUGACUCGGAGAUGCCCCCGUUGCCCCCGAGUCUCUUGAGUAAGCAGCCGAGCCCGGUGGCCCUCGAGGAGUCCCAGCAACAGGCCUUGACCUGCCUCAUCAGCGAGAAGGACCUGGUGUUGCUGGAGAAACUGGGCGACGGUUCUUUCGGCGUGGUGCGCCGCGGGGAGUGGUGCGCCCCGUCGGGCAAGUUGGUAAGCCAUUACAAAGGGGUGCCGGUCAAGUGCCUGAAGACGGACGCCCUGAACCAGCCGGAGGCCCUGGACGACUUCAUCCGUGAGGUCAACGCCAUGCAUUCCCUGGACCACGUCAACCUCAUCCGCCUCUACGGCGUGGUGCUCUCCAACCCCAUGAAGAUGGUGACCGAACUGGCCCCGCUGGGCUCCCUGCUGGACCGCCUGCGCAAGAACCUGGGCCACUUCCUGAUCGCCACCCUCUGCCACUACGCCAUCCAGAUCGCCCGCGGCAUGGCCUACCUGGAGUCCAAGCGCUUCAUCCACCGCGAUCUGGCUGCCCGGAACAUCCUGUUGGCGGCCAACGACCUAGUCAAGAUUGGGGACUUCGGCCUCAUGCGCGCCUUGCCCAAAAACAACGACCACUACAUCAUGCAGGAGCACCGCAAGGUCCCCUUCGCCUGGUGUGCCCCGGAGAGCCUGAAGACGCGCACCUUCUCCCAUGCUAGCGACACCUGGAUGUUUGGCGUGACCCUCUGGGAGAUGUUCACCUACGGACAGGAGCCGUGGGUUGGCCUUAAUGGCAGCCAGAUUCUUCACAAGAUCGAUAAGGAAGGCGAGCAACUGCCCCGACCAGAAGAUUGUCCCCAAGAUAUCUACAACGUCAUGUUGCAGUGCUGGGCGCACAAGCCGGAAGACCGGCCCACCUUCGUCGCUCUGCGGGAUUUCCUCCUGGAGCAACAUUUCAGGGCGGAGAAUUACUGGUGGCGGGGCCAGAAUAAGCGGACACUGAAGGUGGGUCAAUUCCCACGCAACACGGUGACUUCCGUGGCGGGAUUGUCCGCCCACGACAUCAGCCAGCCGCUCAAGAACAGCUUCAUCCACACGGGCCAUGGUGACACCAACCCUCAGCAGAGCUGGGGCUUCCCCGAUAAGAUUGAUGAGUAA